AUGCUGUUUGUCCGCUUAUUAAAUACCGCUUAUAAGACGACAAAGCAGAAACAAAAUUCAGUAAGUUUGGUUGGACAUCUUUUGAGUUGCCAUUUAUGCAUCAAGUUGAUCAGCCGUUUUCCAGUAAGAGGUGUAGUUGUUGAAUGCUAUGAGCCUGUAAUGCUAAUCGAGUCCAGCUUUUUGUACUACCCUAACAGAGACAAGUAUCUAAAGCCAUAUGUGACAUCCGAGCCUGAGAUUACCUUCACAAAAAGGGAAGCAGAGGAUGAGUGCCUGAUUCUUGCCAGUGAUGGAUUGUGGGACGUCAUAUCAACUGAAAUGGCGUGUGAGGUGGCUAGAGAGUGUCUUCGAGAAGAAAAUCCAACUGGAAACCAUAGUUUCAGGCCUUGGGUCGAAGGUGAUGGUGAAGGAGCAAUAUUUUCUUCCCAAAGUGCAUCAGCAGCAGCGCUGCUUACUCGGCUUGCUCUGGGCCGUAAUAGUUAUGAUAACAUCAGUGUAAUUGUGGUUGAUUUGAAGAGAAAUUAUGCUGGACGAUAG